UCAAGCCGGUGACGCCAAAAAAUAAUAUAUGUGCAUAAAAUUUAAAAACACAGGAAGAGAGAGUUUUGUUGAGCAUACAAAAAAUUGGUUUCUGCCUCGCUUCAGUGAACUUACUGUGUGUAGAAUGAGCAAAUUUUGCGCGAUUCUUCGGAUCGGCACCCGCCGAUAAUUAUAUAUAGAAAAGUUUUUAUGUGAGAUUAGUUGUCGUUUGUCAGCGAAUCGCUGUGGUUGCCAGUGGAAUGGCUAAAAUAUGUUCUGGCACUGGUCUGGGCCUUCUGCUAUUUGGCCUGGUAUUGCUGUUAAGCGCCACUGCCGACGAAGGGGUUCAAAGUUCCCGCAUCUUGGCCGUGUUUCCCUUCCCCGGCCGAUCGCAGUACAUAUUUGCCGAGCAGUAUCUCAAGGAACUGGCCCAAAGAGGUCAUAAUGUCACCGUGAUCAAUACAUUCGGCAGCGAUAAAGCCGAACCAAACUUUCGAGUGAUUGGUGCCAGAAAAAUUCACGAAAUAAUGGCAGCAUUUGGAGACAUGGUCUACAACCAGGCGGCUAGUAAAUGGAAAGUCUUGUCAAUGACCACGGAGUUCCUGAAUCUUCUGACCACCAGUGUUCUGGAUGAUCCAGCUGUAAAGGAUUUGCUGAACAGCAAGGAGAGUUUCGAUCUGGUUAUCAUGGAAACGGUUCAAACCGAGGCGCUCUUCGGCUUAGCCCAACAUUUCGGUGCCCAGACCAUAGGAAUCUCAUCCUACGGCACAGAUACCCACAUCGAUGAGUUGAUGGGCAAUAUAUCACCAUUAUCCUUUAAUCCCAUGCUGCUUUCAUCGCGAACAGAGCGAAUGGAUUUCGAGGAACGUCUGCGGAAUGUGGGGGAGGCUUUACUAAUGUGGCUGCACAAAAGGAUUGUUCAUCUGCCCACUCAGCGGGAUUUGUAUGCCAAAUACUUUCCAAAUGCUAGGAUAUCUCUAGAAGAAGUUUUGGAUAGCUUUUCACUUAUGCUGCUGGGACAGCACUUUUCACUAAGCUACCCACGACCCUAUUUGCCCAAUAUGAUUGAGGUUGGGGGCCUUCAUUUACAACAGCAGCGAAAGGUUCAGCCUUUACCGCAGGAACUAGAGGAUUUCGUAAAGCAAUCAUCUCAAGGAGUAAUAUAUUUCUCCAUGGGUUCUAAUAUCAAGAGCGUUGACCUACCGCCAGCCACUCGUAAAGUCCUAAUGGAAACCUUUGCCAGUCUGCCUCAGCGGGUUUUGUGGAAGUUCGAGGUCGAUCAGCUGCCGGAAAAGCCAUCGAAUGUGUUUAUUAGCAAGUGGUUCCCCCAACCUGAUAUCCUGGCCCAUCCUAAUGUGAGGCUCUUCAUCACCCACGGUGGUUUGUUGAGCACCAUCGAGAGUAUUUAUUUUGGAAAGCCCGUCUUGGGCCUGCCAGUUUUCUACGAUCAGCACUUGAAUGUUCAGAGGGCCAAGAAGGCGGGCUAUGGCCUUAGUGCGGAUAUAUGGAGUGCCAAUGCCACAGAACUCACUUCUCUGAUCCAGGAGCUGCUGAGUAAGCCCAGCUAUGCCGAAGCAGCUCAAAGUAAGUCCAAGUUAUUCCGCGAUCAGAAGGAAACUGCUUUGGAGCGAGCCAUUUGGUGGACAGAAUACGUUUUGAGGCACAAGGGCGCCAACCACUUGAGAUGUACCUCCCGGGAUCUGGACUUUAUCCAGCUUCAUGGUCUCGACACCUGUGGUCUGAUCAUCGCAUUCGCAGUUGCGUUCCUACUGAGCUUCGUGACUGCACUGAACUGCCUUGUAAGGGGUCUCAGACAUAUCAUCUACAAGCUCUUUAAGGGGUCUAGUAAAUUGAAGACCCAGUAACCAAUUAUAUUCUAUUAACUAGUCGAGUUUAUGCCGCCACCGAUCUUGAUAUACAUUUGAAAUUAUUUGUUCUGUUAUUAGCACUUAAACAUAAUACUUAUACUAAGUAUAUUUUUUAUUCCAAUUAAAACACA